AUGCCCCUGCCCGACGUCAACAAACAGUGGACUACCGCCCAGGAUGGGUUGGAUAAGCUCCAGUUCACAGAGGCCAAGGUGCCGAAGCCCAAAGAUGGAGAGGUGCUGGUCAAGGUGCUCGCCGUGAGCCUCAACUAUCGCGAUACCGAAGUCGUCAUGGGUCUCUACAAUCAUCACCAGACGCUCCAAGACACCGAGGGCCUAGUGCCGUGCUCAGACAUGUGCGGCGUCGUGGUUGACAGCAAGUCGUCCAAGAUCAAGACAGGCACCCGCGUCAUGUCCAUCUUCAACCAGAGCCACUUGACGGGCCAGGUCACCGAGGCCGACAUGGCCACAGGGCUCGGGUUUCCGCUCCCUGGUGUUUUGACCGAGUACCGCUGCUUCCCCGCUGAGACUCUCGUCUUGGUGCCGGAUUACAUGACGGACGAGGAGGCUGCGUGCUUGCCGGUGGCCUCGGUCACCGCAUGGACGUGUUUAAAUGGCAUGCGACCGUUAGGCCAGCCCGCAGACGGGGCCAAGAAGAAGGAGACGGUUCUGCUGCAGGGAACGGGCGGCGUGUCGGUGGCGGGAUUGCAGAUUGCGCAUGCGGCUGGGCUGAAGACCAUCAUCACGUCAUCCACCGACGACAAGCUGGAGCGGGCCAAGAAGGAGUUGGGCGCCGACUUCGGCAUCAACUACCAGACGCACUGGGAGUGGCAAGAACCGGUCCUCAACGAAACCAAGGGCAGAGGCGUCGACAUCAUUUUCGAAACGGGCGGCGCGCGCACGCUGCGCAAGAGCUUCGAGUGCAUCUCGUUUGGCGGGCUCAUCAACUGCGUGGGCUACCUCUCGGGCAAGGAGGACGAGGACGCGCCCGGGGCCAAGCAGCUCAACAUCAACGUGCUGGCGCUUCGGCGCAACGUGACGCUCAAGGGCAUCCUGAACGGGCCCAAGGACCGCUUCGAGGAGAUGGUGCGCUUCUACGAGCAGCACAAGAUCCGGCCGGUCGUGAGCCGCGUCUUCGACAUGGACAAGGCGGCAGACGCAUUUGCGUUUUUGUACAGCGGCGCGCACUUUGGCAAGGUUGUGAUCAAGGUGGCCGACAAAUAG